AUGACCCUCACACAUGAUGAUUACACGGUCGCCUGGAUCUGCGCCUUGCCAUUAGAAAUGGCGGCGGCGAAGAUUAUGCUAGAUGAGGUCCACCCUUCGCUACCUCAGCCGAAAUCAGACCAUAAUGUCUACACUCUCGGUAGGAUUAGCGGUCAUAAUGUGGUGGUGGCUUGCCUCCCCAGUGGUGUCUAUGGGACAAUAUCUGCCUCAGCCGUUGUGACACACGUGGUUUCCACAUUCCCGAACAUCCGUUUCGGACUCAUGGUUGGCAUUGGAGGGGGAGCACCAAGCAAACAUGCUGAUAUUCGCCUUGGUGAUAUUGUAGUUAGCAAGCCAACUGCCAUCGCAAGCGGGGUUGUUCAAUAUGAUUACGGUAAAUUACUUAACAAUGGACGAUUCCAGCAUACCGGGUCCCUCAACAAGCCUCCACCAAUACUAUUAAAGGCGAUGUCCCAAGUUGAGAGUGACCACAUGACUGGAAAGAAUCAUUUAUCCGCUGUCCUGGCUGAAAUACUCCAGAAUGAAGAUAUGAAAGAGCAGUUUUCACAACCGCAAGUUGACUGGUUGUUUCACAACACAUAUGACCAUGUGGGAGAGGAGCCCAACUGUUCCAAAUGUGAUCAAAAUCAAUUAGUGGAUCGCCCUGAACGGACAACUGAACAGCCGUACAUCCACUAUGGCUUGAUCGCUUCCGGAGAUCAGGUCAUGAAAGAUGCUAUAACGCGUGAUUUAAUUUCACGAGAUCUAGAUGUUCUCUGUUUCGAGAUGGAGGCUGCCGGGCUUAUGGACGAAAUCCCAACCCUCGUCAUACGAGGUAUCUGCGACUAUUGUGAUACUCACAAGCAAAAAGAAUGGCAAGGAUAUGCAGCUCUUACUGCAGCGGCCUACACCAAGGAGUUGUUAUCCGUGGUACCGAAGACCUCGCGCAAAAUACAGCAGGAACAAGAUAUUUCAGCAUCUUUGGCUACCCCCGGAGACUUGUAUUCGUCCGUGAUGACAGAAUCAGUGGGCGAGGAAGUUCAAGAAUUCACCAAAGUUGGGAAUUUAGACCUGGUGCGAUCACUUAUAGAUAGAGGCCUGGCUGCACCUACCGAUGUUAAUAGCAGCUGGGGCGUGCCUAUAUUGAGUUACGCUGUUCAAGGUCUACAUACAAAUCUUUGCAGGUUUCUGGUGGAAAGAGGUGCAGACCCCUGCAUUGAAAAUAGAUCUAACAUUUCAGCUCUUGACAGGGCGUGGGAUAUUUUUCUGUCGCGCAGUGCUAAAAAUGAUAUUGUAAAUGAACUUCGUUCGAUUUUCUCUCUAUGGUAUGAUUCCGUGUGGUUUGAAGAGCAGCAAUUCACUUCGCUUCACAAGAUUGUUCUCGGCGCAGUGGAGCGCGACAUUGAAGACGAGUUAGACUUAUCCACAUCAAAUAUCAAUGUGAAGGAUUCCAAGGGACGUACUCCUAUUGCCUGGGCUGCUGCUCGAGGCGAUGUCUGCUCCGUCAAGUUACUGCUUCGCUUCGGGGCAGACCCAAACAUCAGUUGUGAUACGGGAAACAAUCCCCUCCUCCGAAGUGUUCGAGCCAAGUCAUCAGAAUGUGUCAGACUCCUUUUAGAGCAUGGAGCCAAUGCAAGAUCAAAGAGCACUUUAGGCUUUACUGCCUUGCAUUAUGCAGCAUAUUAUCGGGACGAUGAGACUUACAUAGAGCCCCUUCUCGAAUAUGACGCCCCGGUUGAAGAAAAGGAUGACUAUGGUUGGACGCCUCUGUCAUGCACCGCUGAAUACGACCAUGAUCGAAGUGCUAGAGCUUUACUAGAUUAUGGUGCAAACAUCGAGUCCCGAGACAAGCUUGGAUGGACGCCAUUAUUGAGGGCUGUUAACUCAAAUAGUCACAAAGUCUGCAGAUUACUUCUUGAGAAAGGAGCCAACUAUCACGCUAUGACAUUCCGCUCGGAGACAAUUCUUCACCUUGCAGCAGCCAGGGGGGAUAUUGAGACCAUUAGUAUACUCGCUGCCACGACUUUGAACGGCUUAAAUGCUGAUACUAAAAACUUAGAUGGCAAAACUGCCGCUGAUAUAAUGAGUUCCAGAGCACCAGUGGACCCUGAUGUGGCGGUCACCUUAUCCAAUCUCUUGAACGGUCUCCGAAAUUUCUUAUUCAAGUGA